AUGCUUCGCCGCAAUAGCUCUCGAAACAAACACCGUCGCCCCCUGAGUCGCAGCAAGUCGACCAGUUCUGUCGUGCGGAACCCCGUCCAUGCCCUCGAAUCAAUCGAUCCUGCUGCUGCCGAGCGAGACGCAGGCAUCGCCGCCUUGCUGUCCUAUCAUCGGGCUCAAGAACGGCCCAGCAGUGAGAUGAGAGCGGCCCCUCGGGACCCUGUGAGCUUUUUCCCCGAUAGCAGCGAUGGUGCUCCAAGUACGGCCAGACAGAGCUUGGAGCGGAGCGGCAGUGUCACCAGCCGGCAGGGCACUGCAACGAGUGUUCAGUUCGCCAGACCGCCUGCAGUUCAGCCGCGAAGAAAUCUCCCCCUCAGGGCGAGCGAAGGCCGAGAUUCUCCUACGAAAGCGACCUCACGGAUCAAUGUGUUUGGCAAUACAAGCACCAGACCCUCGUUGACCAUGUCUUUUCACGCAGACCAGCCAGCCCACUACUCCCUUACACGACGUUAUCUCCAGUCUCUGCAGCCACCCGACGCGUGCUACAGCCCCGAAGAAGAUGCCGCUUCGAUGUCCUUUUCCUUUAGAAGGCUCCGAAAGUCGCGAUCGAUGCUUACGUCUUCCCGGGCAACAACUGAGAACGCUCCCAGCUGCUCCAUGCCUGCAAGGGACCACCUGCCGCCCACUCACUCGCUCUACAAGGCCACAAACAAUGAGAACGAACCUCCGAAAACUGCGACACCCGAUGCAACGGGACUCAGAACCUCGAGACCAGACAGCCGUGUUGAGAACGAUGCUGUCGUGCGACUUGCGAGGGAUUUGUAUCGCGAGCAGAUGAAGGAGCAGGAAAGACUUCAGCCAUCCGCUUCGAUUCGGUCGAGAAACAAACGCAGCGAAGGAUCUACUGGGCUCCGAAAGUCUCUUCGAAAUAGCAGCAACAACAGCACCGUACUGUCCUCUGCAUUCUCUGCCAACGGCACUUCCGUAUCCACGCAAUCUGGGCUUCGAAAGGCAGUCCGAAAGGUUUCAAAGAGCUUGAGAUCAAAGUUCAAGGGGCUAUUCGCCAGAGGAGAGAGUGCUUCUGGAUCAGAGAAGGACGAAGGGGGCCAGGGCACUGAUGGUAACGAUUCGGACGGAGACACCUGCCUUCAUGCCAGCAACGAUGAAGGAACCGGGGAAGCCUCCUUGUUUCGCAUCUCUUCGCAUCUCCCUUCGCUGCAUGAUAUGACCUUGAAUCAGCAGCUCAGAUCCAGAAAAGGGAGUGUUGAGAGCAUCGAAAGCGGCGAGCAACAUGUUUCCGAAGAUAGGUCUCGUGUCACUAGCUGGACAAACUCAGUUACAAGCACGGUCUCCAGCAUGGGGAUGCUUGGCGAGUGGGAGCGGCAACGCCUAUCUGUCAUCAAGGAGAAUGGUGCACACAUCUCUUCUUCCUCUCUGUACUCAACCGGACACAACGGGCAUGGGGCCGGAAGUCAAGAAACCUGGUCUGGUCCCGAAAUCGACAGCGAACGUGUAUACUCGGCCCUCAUGAAGAGGCAUGGAGGAACCAGCACAGGAUCAGAUCAGGAUACACAGUUGGGUGACGCUGAAAGUGUGUACUCAUGUGUGACGGAGGAUGCGAGACCAAGCAUUACCAGACAAGGAACUUCAGACCCUGUCGGAGGAGCUGCAACACGCAUAGUCGGCGGAAUUCCCUCUUGCCGUCUGGUCCCACACCAGCGCGAUGCAUCCACAGCAAGCUCAGUCGAAUGGAAGACAUGGCUUAGUUCCGACGUCUCGAAGCUUGAAGGUCCCUCGACGCCUACAAAAGCCGACACUUACGGGCAGAACACUGGCAUUCUUCCCACGUUGGGUCAUGUCAGAGAGGGAGCUGAAGUUGGAUCCCCACCUGAGAUUCUACUCCCAAAGGACGAUGGACUGGCGAACCGAAGCCCUUUGUCAUGCAUCAAGGGGAAUUCUCAGCCUGUUCAGGACAGACGAUCCCAAUCACGGUCCCCUUGGAAAGACCUCACAGGACACGACGAGAAUCGACAUCCAUCGAUUCCGCCUAGAAGCACAUUGCGGACGGUACCCUCACUCCCAGUCGUUAGCUCAACGAGCGAAAUGAACACGAGCAUCUCGAACGAAGUGCACCGGAUGUGUUCUCUCAACAUUACCGGCCGCCUCAACUCCGCUCCUGAAGAGGCGAUAGCGAAGCGUCGCUCUCGGCCUCGUCUCACCGGCUGGCAGGGCUCCCCCACCAAGUCGAGUCCCGGUAUUGGCCACGAGACGGCGAACAAGCUGCAGCAAGGAAUGGGAAGCAAGAUGAUGGUGGACAUGUUUCUCAGCAACCGACAGAAGGAAGCGAAUGGUGGUGAUGGUGGACUUGAUAGCUCACCAGCUGCAUUCUUGUAA